UCCAACAUGGCUGACUUACGGGUUGGGACGUAAGCGUGACGUCACAUGCACACGAUCUAUAGAAGAAACAGGAACAAGUUGAUCUGAUGGUUCUUGGAUGAAUCUCUCUUUCAGUUUCAUGGAGUCUCUCGGGACAAUGGUCGGUUUCUUUUCUCUGAAGGUGAAGGAAAAGGUCAUACUGAUACAAGAGCUGUCACUCAAACACAGCGCAGAGGCUCAUGGGAAACGUGGUCUACGAACCCCAGAGUCGUUUGGACUAAAGAACGGGGCGUAUCGUUCGGUUCGAUCCAUGGUGGGGGCGGAGCUAAAAGAGGGCGUGGUCCACUUCUCCCGCCACACAGAUUCGGGAUGCAGGACGCUGCUGCGGCUGCAUCGAUCUCUGCUGUGGUUGAAGCUCAUGUUGGAGGGUUUGGCUGAAGGACCGGCUGUGGACGGACUGUACAAAACCCCCGGAGAGCUUUGCAGGGACGCCUACAAGGUGGCGCUGGCCCCCCACCACCCCUGGGUGCUGCGUCAGGCUGCAGAGUUGGUCUUCCUCGCCCUCCCGGACAGACGGUACUUCCUGCAGGUGGUGUGUGUGCAGAGCCAGCAGGAGGCCACGCCCGUCCUGCACACCAUCAUCCACGCCCUGACGCUCGUGCACACGCAAACGCAGCGAAUCCUUGCCGAACACGACAUGCUGGAGCUGCCCUGAACGCAGCACGACGACACCCUGACUGUACGUCGUGUAGAGAGCUUCAAGUGUCAGGAACCGCCAUCAUGUGAAAAGUACUGUGCAGUACUUCAGUAAAUGUACUUGAACCACUUUCUCAUAAACUUCACAAAAGUGGGAAUUUGUUUUCCACAGAAAGUAUUUAUUUUGGUGACACACACACACACACACACACACACACACAGCAGAGCAAGAAGCAUCAUUUACAGUGACGUGCAGCAUGUUAGCUCUUUAUUGUGCUGCAGAAGUAAAACCAGGAUAUUUGCGUGAAUAGUUGAACGACAUCUGUCGAGGAAAACAUGCACUUUAAGGCACCAUGCUGCAUUCAGGACCCCGUGGGAUUUGUAAGUUCCUUCAUGUCACAUUCAUCCAAAACAUUUAUAAAAUAAAUGCACUAUUAAAGGCUGAUUACGUCAAUUUAAACUGCUCAGUUUGAGGAAACGUCCCAUUUCCCACAUGCCCUGAAUGCAACAUUAAAACGGCAAUAAAAACAAAACGAAUUUAACACGAGUAAAAUAAAAGUAAAAACAAUCACUGACUUCAGAGUUUAACAAAUAUUUGUUUGCAGUGAACACAACAUACAAAUAAUGUGAUUCAACUAAAGCAUCAGUUUAUUAAGUUUAAUACAAUUCAACUUCUUUUCUUCUUAAACUCGUAAUAAUCAAACUAAUAAAC